AGGCUGUUGAAGUAGGCUGCAGGGAUAAGCAAGAAGCGGAAAAAAAAAAAAUCUCUCUCCCACAGAUAUAUACACACAGAAGAAGGGUGGGCUUGACAAUUUCCCUUCUUUGGCGGACUGAAGCGGCUGCAAAGACUUGACCAAGGUGCAGGCGCAAUGUUGGGCGUCCUCCUCAGCCUGUCCUUUGUUCACCUGGUGACACAGGCAGCCCCUCCCACAGGCUCCCCUGUGCCCUGCAAGCGCUGCUGCGAUGACCUGCAACCAGCGGAGGACAGCGCGGCCCCGCCCGCGGCAGGAGGAUACAACCAGGUGCCCCAGGUCCGCGCCUACAUCAACAUGACCAUCCUUAAAGGUGAUAAAGGAGACCGUGGUGAAAGAGGGACACCAGGUAAAACUGGACCGGAAGGCCCUCCGGGAGCCAUCGGACCCAUGGGCUCAAAAGGCUCCAAGGGCCAGGCCGGUCUCCCCGGAGACCCUUGCAAAGUCCAGCACGCCGCUUUUUCCGUGGGCCGUCGCAAGUCCCUCCACAGCCUGGAGGCCUACCAGGCGCUGAUAUUCGACACCGUUUUCGUGAACCUCGACAACCACUUCAACAUGUUCAGCGGGAAAUUCGUCUGCCACACACCCGGGAUCUAUUUCUUCAACGUCAAUAUCCACACGUGGAACUUCAAGGAGACCUACCUGCACAUCAUGCGCAAUGAAGCCGAGCAGGCGAUAGUGUACGCUCAGCCCAGCGACCGCUCCAUCAUGCAGAGCCAGAGCCUGAUGCUGGACUUGAACGUCAACGACGAGGUGUGGGUCCGCCUGUAUAAGCGGGAAAGGGAAAAUGCCAUUUACAGCGAUGACGUAGAUAUUUAUGUCACCUUCAAUGGACACCUCAUCAAAGCAAGCUCAGAGUGAGGAGGAGAGGGGGCGGGGAAUAAAGAUUUUUUUUUUUUUUUUUUUAGGCAGAAUGGCAUCCGCAAUCAACAUUGUAACCAGAAAACAUAAAAAUAAACGAAUUACUCUUUAACUUAA